AUGGAGCUGAAGAGAGGGAAGACCUUCAUCAAAUCCAGCCUGCAGAUUGCCCACGAGAGAGCCCCAGAGCCAGCAGCCACUGCUCUAGCAAGGGAGGAUGCAGGCUCCAGUGAGAAGGGCUCCCACACCCGGCCCACUGUCCACGGGUCUGAUGGAUGCCCCAACAAGGAGGUACAGUCGGACUCAGAAGCGGGACCUGUGGCCUCUGGGGCCACCUUCAAACUCGUUCGGAAGAGCAAGACCCAUGAGAGUGUACCUGGGGCUGGCAGGGCAGCCGGCACCUCUGGGCAGCUGGUGGGCAGCGCCAGCUUCCCUGGACCUCCCGGAGGCCAGCGCAUGAUUGACUACCGCCACUUUGUGCCCCAGGUGCCUUUCGUGCCAGCCGUGGCCAAGAGCAUCCCGAGGAAGAGGAUUUCCUUGAAGCGGCCCAAGAAAUGCUUUUGGAACCUGUUCCACAUCCGCAGGAACAAGACGGAGAACGUGGCGGCGCUGGUGGCCAAGGGCAAGAGCCUGUCCUCCCCCAGGGGCCUGUCGCGCGCUGCAGGGCGGCGAGGCACCACUUUGCUGCCCCUGGGCGAGGACCCAGGGCUGGAUGGCCUAUGCCACGACCUGUCGGAUGGCGACCUCCUCCUGGACUCGUCCUUCGACCUCUGCAGGGCGCUGUGUGAGGACGUGGCUUCACUCAAGAGCUUCGACUCACUCACAGGCUGCGGGGAGAUCUUUGCGGACGAGAGCUCUGUGCCGUCCCUGGAGCUGAGUGACAGCCCGGAGAGCCCAGCCCGGGUGUCACAAGCCCCAGAGAGCAAGACUCCUGGAGGCCCCUUCCAGGGUGGGGUGGAGAAGUUGGCAUCACCUGCGCAGAACGAGGUGUCAGACUUUACCAGGUUCUGGGACAGUGUGAAUCGCUCUGUGAGGCAGCAGCAUCGCGCCCUGCUGGGCCCCUGGCUGGCAGGACCGCAGGGCACAGACACUGGUCAGCCCAGGUUAGACACAGCUGAGCUGGCUGAGCUGCCCCUGUGCCCCUGCAGGGACCCGCCCAGUGGCUCCAAAGCCAGCUCCAUAGACACGGGGACGCCCAAGAGCGAGCAGCCGGAAUCCGUGUCCACGAGUGAUGAGGGCUACUACGACUCCUUCUCCCCAGGCCUCGAGGAGGACAAGAAGGAGGCCCCGAGCCCAGGCACACCUGCAGCCACCUUCCCCCGGGACAGCUACAGCGGGGAUGCCCUCUAUGAGCUCUUCUACGACCCCAGCGAGAGCCCUGUCGGCCCGAGCCUGGACGAUGACCUGUGUGUGUCUGAGAGUCUGUCCGGGCCAGCCCUGGGGACGCCACUGUCCAUGUGUAGCUUCCACGUCGGGGCUGAGGAGAACCUGGCUCCAGCACCAGGCCCGGACCUGCUGAGUCAGGGCUUCCUGCAGAGUUCCUGGAAGGGCAAAGAGUGCCUGCUGAAGCUCUGUGACACAGAGCUCGCCAUCACCAUGGGCAUUGUCAACUGGCUCCGCCGGGGCCCCGAGCCCCGCACCCAACACGCCGCUGCCCCUGCCCCUGCUUCUGCUCCUGGGGAGUCUGCACCCCCACUGGGACCCCAGAAAGCUCCCGGGGGACUUGUACAAAAGCAGGAAGGCAGGGCGGACUGGGCCUCUGAGACACGCAGAGCCACAGUGUGCUCGGGACCCAGCAGGCAGGCACUCUGGGUGCAUUCGGGCACCAAGGGCCUGCCUGCUGGAGACAGCACCAGCCUCACAGGGGCCAUGGGGGAGAUGGGCACUCUGCCCAGGGACCCCUUUUUAGAGGAAGGGAGACAGGACCACUCCGAUGGCCGGUUCUCCUCUGUGGGGUCUGUGGCCACAGCAGCAACAACAGACGCUUCUAAUAAAAGCAAGACCCCAGCACCCCCUGCCUGGCCUAGCUUGCAGAAGGAGCCCCAACCACCAGGGAACCUGGGCUGUUCCCAAGACCCCCGCAGGCCAGACCAGGAGGGGAGCACUCUGGAAGCAGAGCCUGUGUUGACAGGCUGUGUGGCCCGGGUGGCAGCCUUGCAAAUUGACGCAGAUAGCCAGUCCCCGGUUGCACAGCCUCUAAGGGAGGCCAUGGGCAGCGGGCUUUUCGGACAGCCCCAGGCCAUGUGCCCUGAGAAUCUGCAGCAGGACCAGCUCAAGAGCUCUCCCAGCAAGGCUGCUGCCCGUGGCCUGCCCUCCCCAGCGAGCCUGCAAGACCAGGGGUGUGCAGACUUCAUCGUGGACCUGAGCCAGUUCACAGUGGAGCCAGUUGGGCUGAGUCCCCGGGCCUGUGCAUCUGUGGAGGACCAGCCCCUGCCACCCAGUGCAGGGGCUGUGGAGCAGGCAGCACAAAGGGAUCAGCUGGACUCUGAGCCCCCGUUGGUCACCGUUGUACAGCAGAACUCCUGGAGCCACUCCCCAGAAAUCCUGGGCCUCACUUUGGAUGGCCAGUGGGAUAGGGGACCCUCUGCAAGUGUCCCCAGAUGUUGCUGCAGCCUCCUGGCCCAUGAGGACCUCCUCAGCAAUCAGCCAGAAGCCGGCGGCCCCCGGCCGGCCAUGGCAGAGCCCCACCUGUAG